AGCAUGGGCGGCAGCCGUGCAAGCUUCCCCACGCUGCCCCCACCAAUGUGCCUCAUCUCUGUCCUGGAGGGACCACCUCUAGAGAUAAGUACCGCCACACUCGGGAGCUGAUGAUGUUGUUGCCAACCCAUCGGGACAGGCCCAGCAGUGCCAUGUACCCCGCAGCUAUCAUGGAAAACGGACAGCCUCCAAAUUUUCAGCGCGCCUUGAUGCAGCAAAUGAUUGGACCGUGCAAACCUUGCAGCGAUCCCAACCUCUCUGUGGCUGAGAAAGCUGUGCCAGCAGCGCCCAGUAGCUGGAGCCUAGACAGCGGAACCAGAGAGGCCCUGCCAUUCCUGUCUGUCCACGUUGGGAGCAUCUUGGCCCCACCAGUACCUCCCCGAAGGCUGCCCCAUGGACACUAUUCGCUGCACUUUGAUGCCUUCCAUCACCAGCUCAGUGAUGCUCCUCCAGCACUGCCUGCACGAACAUUGCGCAAGUCCCCUCUUCAUCCCAUCCCUGCAUCACCCACCAGUCCACAGUCUGGUCUAGAUGGAAGCAACUCCACUUUAUCUGGCAGUGCAAGCAGUGGUGUCUCCUCCUUGAGCGAGAGUAACUUUGGACAUUCCUCUGAACCACCUCCUCGCACCGACACCAUGGAUUCUGUCCCCAGCCAGGCCUGGAACACUGAUGAAGAUCUAGAGACACCCUACCUCCCUGUUAGGUACAGUCUCUCUGAGCCUGAUGUCCUUGAGUCGCUCAAAUCCCAGCCAUGCCGAAGCCACUCAGCUCCAUCAGGAGUCAUUCCUCAGGACACCCUGGACCCUCCUGCUCUACCCCCCAAACCUUACCAUUCCCGGCUACCAAACAUAGAGAAUGAGGAAGGAAUGAUAAUUGAAGACGACGACAAACACCGCCAGUUGCAUCGUAAAGUGUCCCAGCCAGUGAGUGGUGGAAAGGAAGAGCAGGCCAGGGUAGCAUGGGAGCACGGCAUCAGUGAGCAGUAGGAACAACUGCUGGUAAGCAGCUUGCGUUGUCAUUCCAGGUGUGACCAGAGCGCAGAGCUGAGGACUCAGAGAACAGCAAGCUGACUUCUACUGCCACAAGCUUGGCUGGAGCCCGCAUACACAACUGGGCCAACAAGGGAGGGUGCUGCUUUCCUUUCAAAUUUCCUUUUACACCUUUCUGUUACAUUUUUUUAACUUUCUGUGCAGUGGAUGGUUAUUCCUUCUGCAGUUUCUUAACCGCACCACAUGGCACAUGAGCCAUAGAGACUUGCAGAAGCUGAAAAAUACAAUUUUAAGCGGAGGAGGAAGAAGGAGGAAAGGUGGCAAGCUGCUUUCCUCCCAGCUCUGGGACACAUUUGAGUAGAAGCGGUUGCACUAGGGACAUAUUUUAUUGUUGUACAGAAGUGAAAGCUCAUUGCUGAAAUCAGGGAUUUUAUGAACUGUCGGUCUGGAAGUGCAUGAGCAGCAGGCAGUGGAAAGAUGGCAAUUCUAAGAAGAUAUUGGCUCUUUUGAGAGCAGGAUUGUACAUAUCUGUGCAGUGAUCUCCCUGCAUUGGUUCAUAGGUGCUGAGGCAAUCUAACCAGUGCUCAUGCACUGAUUUCCAAGAUACCAUUUUCAACAAAUUCUGCCUCCUUUGUUUUUUAUGUACUGUUUGAUUUCUUAAAAUUUGCUUUCACUGGCUAAACCAACCUGCUUUCUCAUUGGAGUCAUGCUGUUCAUCUGUGGAUAGAAUCAUUCAUCAUUCUACAGGAUGAGGGGGAGGUUAGUGGCCACUGGAGCUGUGACUUGAUUGUAGGCCUUUCCCAUGCCCAGCUUCAGGCAGGCUGUCAACACCAGCAUUUCUAUUCCAGUUAAAAGAAAAUAAAAAGUUCUUCAUGCCACAGCUGGUUGAUGACUCACCAGUAAAGAAAAGGUGGCUUAAAUGCAUAACAUCCACCACUCCUUGCCUCAGGGCUGAACAUCACAAUUCUCACUAACUUCCAUCACCCAGGAGCUGAGAUCCAUUACCCAAAACCAUCAUUCCUCAGCCCCCCUCAAAAGUCACUGCAGCUGGUGUGCAAGAUGUCCAUCUCUCACAGUAGGCAGAUGCAAGAAAUGCCCAGUGUAGUGUGCACCCUAGAGUCAGAAAUCUUAAAGGCAACCUGUAAAAAAGGAACAUUUCUUUCCUCUUUUGCUUCUUUAGAAAGUAUGAAGAAGUUGUAAGAGCUCCUUCCCUCUUUUUGAAGGCUCUUUACUCUUUGUGUGGCGAUACAGCCUUCCCCCCCGGCUUUUUUUUAUGGUCAGCUCCAAAAGGGGAUGAAGAAUUCAGUGCAGGUGGGAGAUUUAGGAAAAAAGAAAAAAAAUCAAACAAAAACAAGAACAGAACUAUGCAGAAGUGGAGUCAGUACAAACAUAUGUGUGUGAAAUAAGCCUUUUAAUCAGUAUUUGCUUAGUUGAGUUACAUUGCAGGACAGGAAAAAGUUCUGUGGUAACAGAGGCAAGACCUAUGGUGUAAAAAGAACUAGAAGAAAUCCUCUAUUCCUAUUUUCAUAUUUUUCAAAAAACUUGAUCAAGAAAGCAGGUAUCUAGUGUUUUUAUAUAAAGAAGUAAUGCUCUUUCCUGCUGCCAUGCCAGCACACAUUUUGGCUUUUCCUUACAUUCAUUUCCACCUGCAGACUGCAAAGCACACUCCAGAAGAUGGUAAGUUACCACUGAAAAACCUGAAGCACAUUCAAACAAGAGACUUACCUCCACCAUGUGAAUUAGUGUCAGAAACAGGAAUAGCAUCAACAUGCCCCGUUCUUCCCCUAUUCACUCAGUUUCUCCUGCUACAAACAGCAUAAAGAAGCAAAAAAGGAUACUCAUCUUUUAUAGGUCACCUUUAGCACUACCUCUAAAUACAGUGACUGGGCAGAGAAUGUUGCUUCUGAACUCUCCUAAAGAUGAGACCAUCUCAUCUGUACAAAGUCUGGGCUCGGUCAGCUGUCAUAUGAAGGGGAUUUUAAGAGGAUAUCUUUCUUUUCUUUCUCAAGCUCUAGCCCAUAUAAUAGUAAUAAGUUAUGGUUUUGUUUCUUAAAUGGUCCAUUUGGCUGGAACAAAGUCAUUUGUGCUUCCUCUAUUUUGUUACUAACAUAGGCUGCUUGUAAUCCCUGCAACCUUCACAAUUAAGAAGAGAAUGAUAUUAAAAUCCAGCAUAUGGUAGACUUCAUCUCUAACAGGAGCAAGAGUUUUCCAGUAGUAGAAUUAGCCCUAACUGCUAAUGAAUCAAGCUGGAUCUCUGGUAUAGCACACAGGUAUGAAAGCUCAAUUCAGAGUUAUGUUUUCAAUGAAGGUAAGUCAAGGUAAUUCCUUAGAAGUGAGUGAAAUAUUUUCAUGUUAUGCUCUAAUUUGAGAUUCUUAGAAAUUUUCAAGAGAAUUAAAUACUCAAUUCCAUCUUCCUAAUCACAUUUGAUUUUGGUUGUUUUUUUUUUUGGUGGGAAAAUUUACUUUUGAAAGUAGUAAAUGUACUGAUAUACUGAACUUCUUCAUUGUAAAAACAGAACAAAACAAAAAAGCAGCAGGUCCUGCAAAUAAAACUGCAAAAGCAAGAAUGCAGAUAACAUGUGGCAAAGUCCCAUUCUGCGGGAAGACCUGCCCUGCAGCUCCCAUCAUUCUCUCACAGUGCACCACCUUGCUCUGAUUAGAGGGGUGUACAAUAGCAGUCUGACCAUUCUGAGCGUCUGUCAUUGCUAUGUAUUCAUAGGGGGUUGAAGAUAAUCAAAUGGUGUACACAGAUACCCAGUUUAUGGCAGGUACACACAAAGGAGGAUGGAAUAAAUUACUGAAUUUACUAAAUUUGAGCCUCUGUGGAGUUAACUUUCUGUUGUUCUGAUAUCUACUAUACAUUCUGUCUCCCUUUUCAGUGCUUAACUUAAAGGGUGCAGAAGGUAGACUGCUGUUAGGUUUUGUGAAUGCUGGAACAAGUACUUCAUGGAACUAAUACUUCUCUGGCAGGUGGGGUGGCUUUCUAGCAUAGUGCAACUCCAUCAGCAAACUCAGUCCUGGAGCAGGUGGAAGCAACAGCAGUUGUACUGGUGCAACAGGAUUUGAAGAUUCUUUGCAUAAACCAGAGUAACGGGAUGUUUUGAACAGGACCCGUUUGUUCUGUACGUAACUGAUUCAGAUGAAAUGCAUCCUUGCCUUCCUUGGGUUGUCUUUGCGUAACAGAAUAGCAUGUGCAUUCCUGAAACAAUUGGUGGAAUUCUGCAGCACAUCUCUCCAUCAUGAGCGUACCUGCUGGCCCCAUCUGAAACAAAAAUAAGAAACUACAGUAAUAGAAGAAAAGCAAUUAGAAUUGUCAUCUGAAUCCUACACAUUUAUUCAAUGGCUGGGUUGGUUUUAUUGCUGCGUGCAAAACUAUGAUUCUUAUCCAUCCUUUCCUUCAUUUACGUUUUAGCCUGCUUACAUUUUUCAGGUAAGGGAUAUCCCAUAUCCCUGUUUUGGGAGAAUCAGCCAAAACUGGGGAGGCUGGAGAGGGCAAGAGCUUUUGGGAAACAAAUUAAGCGAUAUUUAGAAUUUCCUCUAUUCAUGCUUCUUUGUAAAUACCUCCCAUUUGAAUGCUGUGUAUUUGUACAGGAAAUUGAGCAAAAAAUGUAUAGAUUGUGAUGUCUGACUGGUAUUCUGCCCUGUAAAUGUGUUUUUAACCUCUGGCAUUCUGUGCUUAUUUAAAACAGGCAAAAACCUCUAACCACUUCUCUUUUGUGUAUUCAUGUUUAAAAUAAAAUCAAAACAGCUAUCUUAUCUAUAAUGGAAAUCAAAUUGAAAAGGAAAAAAAUAAUUUGUACAAGUGUCCUAAAGGUACUUCAUUGUAUAUAUUGUGAUAGCAUGUUUCCAGAAUCAACAAAUAAGUGGUGUGAAUUUUAGAUGUAAAUAUCUGCUGUUUGUUUUGGAUUUCUUUCCCUUACCCAUUCACUUGACUGUUGUGAUGUGAAAUUAAAGAUUAAUACAUGAUA